CGCGAGUUGCGUGAAGGUGUGGUAAUGUGACUUGAAAUAGAGACAGCUUCAAAUAUAAGUGAGGGUCGAAUCUGAGUCAUUUGAAAACGACAGUUCAGAUUGAUAAAGAAUUCAGUUUAGUUGGAAAAAGUCUAACCGAAGUGUUGCCAGUUGACAUGGAUCAUGCUGAAGAUACGUGCCCGGUGUGCAGCGAACACAUCGACAUCUAUGCCGUGGGAGCGUGUGACCACUCCAUUUGUUACAAGUGUUCAACACGAAUGCGAGUUCUCUGCGACCAAAUGUACUGUCCCAUAUGUAGAACAAACUUACCCCAGGUUCUACUAGUGAAAGAGAAUGGCAGAUUUGAGACCUUCAACAGCAAAGGGUGGCACUCUUACCGGAAGUGCAACACAUUCUUUCAAGACAAGACUAUUAAGAGCAAGUUUUUUGAACUGUUGGAUCACAAAUGCCCUCUGUGUAAGGACCGCCAACCGGAUCGUUUCUUGCAAGACUUAACUCGUCACAUGAGGAGAGACCAUGAGAGAUUUUUCUGCGACCUCUGUGUGGAACAUCUUAAGAUUUUCACUCACGAACGUAAGCACUAUGACCGGCGUGGAUUGGCUACCCAUCGCAGAGAAGGGGAUCCCGAUGACUCAUCAUACAAAGGUCAUCCUCUGUGUAGAUUCUGUGAUGUGCGUUACCUUGACAAUGAUGAGCUGUCACGUCACCUGAGGAAGGACCAUUACUACUGUCAUUUCUGCGACACUGAUGGAACAAAUCAGUUUUACAGUGAAUACCCUGUACUGAUGGAGCAUUUUCGUGAAGACCAUUAUCUCUGUGAGGAAGGGGAGUGUGCCUCUGCCCAAUUUACCCACGCAUUCCGCUCAGAAAUAGACUUCAAAGCACAUAAAGCAAACCAUCACAGCAAAGGGAUGAAAAGGUCUUUCACCAAGCAAGCACGCACCCUUGAUGUGGAAUUUGCUUUGGCUCCCAGAAACCGUCCUGAAAGGAACUACAGAGGUAACUCCGAUUAUGAGGGCGCAGGCAGGGGAGGUAGAGGUCGCCACCAUGCCCGUGACAGAUAUAACAACAACCAUAGGCAGGACAUGGUUGACCCUGAAAUGGCGCAGGCUAUGGAAGCUUCCCUAAAUGAAGCCAGGCAACAGGACAAGAGGGAAAAACGAGAGCGACGAGAGAAGCAAACCAAACCAGUGCAGGAAGAGAUAGUCAGAGAGGAACCCAAGCCCAAAGAGGAUUUCAAACCUGAUUCUGAGAGUUUUCCUUCAUUAUCUGGCAAAUCCUCUCCAACAUCUGACAUGGGUAUGCCUGCAGACAGAAGUGAUACCCCUCCACUGACAAGUUGUUCCCUGGCCCAGAAACUGGCUCUCUCAGAGGGACACACCGUGCACGCUGGAGGAGUGGUGGUGGACGAGUUUCCUGCUCUGGGGAAGGCUGCUUCUGGGGGCAGUGCCAAAUGGGUUCGGGGAAAGAGGGGUGUCAAUAGUUCUACAUCUCAGAAGGAUUUCCCCGCCUUGAAUAAACCAGUCAAGCCAGUGGUAUUGGUUGCACCAAAACCCCAAGGACAGCAGAGCUCAGUGGUGCCCUCUGUACCCAAGCCCAUACAGGUUUCACGGAAUAAUGAAGUGGUGGGUAGUAGUAGUUUGGAGGACUUUCCUGGCUUACCAGCUGCAUCUAAACCUGUCAAGGUCAAGAAAACAGUUUCUCAAGGGCAAUGGGGAUCCAAACCCUCCAAUGAGAAAGAAUUGGCUACUAACAAAAAUAAGGAAAAGAAAAAGGAUAAGGAUGUUGCUAAAAUGUCCAGUGCAUUUACAUUGGCUGAUUUAGGAAAAUCUCUUCAUGAUGACAACUUUCCUUCAGCAAAUAGUCCAGGCAAAUUUCCAUGUACUAAUUCUCAAAACUCAAGUGUUACAAGUGACAAAAAGGCAGUUAAAGACAAGACAAAUGGAUCUGACAAAAAAGCUAAAAGUAAGAAAAAGAAGAAAGAGAAAACAGAAAGCCCUGCAGAAGACUUUGGAGGCUACCCAGAAAUUAAGGUCGAAAAUGCUGAUACCACUAACACAGCUGUAAGGAAUGGACAAAUUUAUUCCUCUGAUCAAGAGAAGGAAUUUGAUAAGGAAAAUAAUAUUGUUGAGCAAUCAUCAUCAACCCCAGCAGGAAGCAUUACAAAGAGUGCAGAUGAACCAUGGGUAUUACAACAGUCUAAAAAAAAACCGUGGACGAUGGUAGAUUCUUUGGAAGACUUUCCUCACUUGUCCAAUAGCAAUCCAGCCAUAACCUCUGCGCCAAAACCACCUCCGGGUUUCAGCAUAGCUCCUGCCUCUAAACCACCCCCAGGGUUUUCAAGUAAGACAAAUCCUCCCAGUCGACCCCCACCAGGUUUUGCCAAACCAGUUCUUUCCACUAGUAACGACAUUCAGUGUACAGAUUUGGUGAAUCUUUCAGAUGUGGAUGUUGACAAAAUACAGCAUGUUUAUUCAAAGCCAGACAAUUUUUCUGAAAGAAAUAAAAAUUUAAUAGCAGAAAUUCGUUACUUUCUGGGUCAGGAUUCAGAAAAAUUUGAUUUGUUUAAGUGCUGGUCAGGGGAAUUUCGCCAAGGAGCACUUUCAGGAAAGAACUAUUAUGACCAGUGUUUGAAUCUGUUUGGUAAGGACAAGCUGUCUAAAAUAUUCCCAGAACUAUUGGUACUUCUACCUGACAUAGACAUGCAACAGGAGUUAUUAAAGGUGUACUUGUGUGAGGUGAAAGAGUCUGGGAAGAAGGCUGGCUGGAACACCUCAUCUAGUACCUUUGUCACUUGCCCUGUGUGUCGCCAGGUGCUUCUUCCCACAGACCAGCAGGAACAUUUAGCCCUUCAUAAUGUUGACUCUGACUUUCCAGCACUCUCUCAUUCAGGUGUUCGGACAGGCCCAGGUCUGAAUGCUUGGGUGAAGGCCACAUAAACAGCUACAUGUAGACUCACUAACUUCUGAGUCACAAUUUAUUAUCGGAUACACUGCCUUUAAGAUGAUGCUAUGCACUCACCAAAUAGAUGCAUAUCACUGUGUUGUGCUAAACAUUGUCGUGGAGGAGGCAUUCUUGUACAAGUGCGAGGUGAAUUAUCACUUUUUUGGGUAGUGCCAGGAGCCAGAUAUUUACAUGUACCUGACCAUACCUUACAUACAAUUAGGACAUUUGAGUAUCAUUUGUUUGUUUGAUAGCACAAAGUCACAUAAUUGUACAUGCCUAUACAUGUAUAUGAUUUAUAUUCUGGAUAUAAAUAGUUAAGUUUUCUUUCUCAGUUAAGCAUCCAGAUAUUUGCUCAUUAAUACAUCUAGUCAGUAGACCGGUUAUUUAUGAUGUACUAGUUCAGUUAUAAGGAUCAAUACUUGCUUGAAAUUGGAAAUGAAUAUAAAUUACUAUAGGCUUAGCAAAGGAUUUGUUCUUAACAAUUUGAGACUGGAGAAUAUAUUCCAUCCAUCUUCAAACACCCGUCUAAUCAAAUGAACUUGUUGAGAUGAUACUUGACAUCUUCUUUUAGAAAAUACUUUGUGUGUGUUUAGUUUCUAAGCAUAAUCAGUGGACAAUUAAUUAUUUGUAAGAAGGAAGGUACCAUUUUUAGCCCUCUGAUCAGGACUCUGCUGUCUCGUUCAUCCUUUAAUAGACUGUAAAGCUUGCAAGAAAUCUUGAAGGGAAGCAUAUCUCUUAAAGCUUUGCACGAUUACCUUUUUUGUAUGUCAAACGGUAUAUCUUUUGAAGACAUUAGUGUAAAUAUUAACUUUAAAUCUGUUUUCUGUGAUGAAAUGACCACAAAAUGGCUAAAAUAUUGCUGACAUGGUGUUAAGUCAGAAUCAUUCAUUCUGCGAAGAAAAGGGUUUUAGUUCCUUGGGUUAAUGUUAUGUACACAGAACCAAGGAUAGUUGGUUGCUUAGUUUGUUACAAUUAUUACAUGGAUUGACUUACCUUUGCUGUUUUGAAGCCGAUUACUCCAUAUCGUUUUGGCUCCACAAAUGCAAGAACUGAUACAGGUAGCUUUACACUUAUCUGAGUUUAAAUGUGCAUUUUUAUAAUGCUGUUGCAUGUAUAGUUUGAUGUGUGUAUUUAUGAGUAAAUAUAUUUUUUUGGAAUACCCAAUUCCUUCUAUCUUGAAUUAGACUUUCAUUUGUGAAUGCCUACAGUGUCAAUUGUGAUUUGAAGGCUUUACGAAGGUAGACUGAUAUGAUCAGCGCGUUCAUUCUGUGUUAAUUUCUGUAAUUGCCCAUGUUGUCACCUUGAGGCAAUUUAAAUAUAAGUUGCAUCAUUGUUCAGUGUUUCUUGGAAGCUAGAAUAUGUUUUGGCAUGAUGCAGAUUAGAGCAUUCAAAAAUGAUUUUUUCAAUGUAUGAACCACAUCAGACAGGUGACAUCUAUUUUGUUAGAUCUUGGGGAAUAAACUUGAAAGAGAAUCAUCUUGUUUGUUAAUAAAACGUAGUGGACAAGACAUCAGUGUUAUUAUUAU